AUGGCUUCAUCAUCAUCAUCAUCAUCAUCAUCAUCAUCGUCAUCGUCAUCUACGUCGAUCAAACGUUCAAUAAAUAUUGUUGAAACAACAAAAGAGAAUAUUUUGCCGAGCAAGAAAAUGCACAUGGAACACAAUUCUUUUCAAACAAAAAUUAUAAACAUGUUCAAAGAUGCUGGUUUGACAGCACCUGGUCAACUUUUGGGUAAAAAACUUUUCUACUAA